GUUUCAACUUCCUGUUUACCACUUGUUCCUUGAGACAGUUCACGGAUUGCAACACUUCCAACAGUCGUGUGAUUUUUGAUCAAGACUAAUAAAUACGCGUUUGAAUCGUUUUGGAACCGGUAAUAUGUUUUUGUCAUUACUGGGGAAGAGGAGAGAAAAUGAAUAAAUGACAGAGGAAACGUGACUAGGCCAGGAGUCCUCGCGAUUUCCUGAGUCAGGCGCCCGGAGUAUUCCUCUGCCAACAAAGGCUCAAUACCAAACAUACGAGUGAUGAGGGCAAGGACUAAAAACCAGUCAACAUUCAUUUUUCCCGGAAAAACGUCAUGUGUGUGUUGGAUUUAACUUUAAGUGUGGAUACUUCCUAACAUUAGUUAAACUAACGUCAGCUACCUUAGCUAGCCAACCAAAUCCACCACCACUAGCUUAGCCACGUAAACAAAUUACUAUACAUUCUGCUUGCCUGGCAAUUUUUACUCGGAAGGGUUAGCUAGCCUGCUGGCUGGUUAAUACAUCUUUGUUUCUAGAGGGUACCAGCACAGCGGUGCCCUGAAUUCGGGGAGAAUACCCGGCUCCGGCCCUUUCAAGCGGGCAGUCAGGAAGAAACUGGCUGGGAAGGGAUGGCCUGGUGGGUCUUCCCGUUCCCAAGGUGCUGCGGUGUUUGAGGGCGGAAGAGUUCGGAUAGAACCCACGGUGGGUCUCGGCACGAUGAUGUCUGCAUUCCCUUCCGUGUCUGGGAGUCUCACGGACUCCGGGCUAAUGAUAUCAGGCAGAAAGACUGAGGAAAUAGCGGAUUUGAUAGAUUUGUUUUCGAAGAUACAGUACAGAGCGAAAGAAGUCACGCCACGGGUCGAGACGAUAGAGAAGCGUUGCUUGGAGCUCUUUGGCCGAGACUACAAGUACAGUGUCAUCCACAACGCCAACGGGGAGGUGUGUGGCCACUACCCCCGACAGAUGGUCUUCCUGGAGUAUGAAUGUACAGAGCUCCAUAAAGACGGGUUUGAGAGCACAGUCCAGAUCACCAAGCUGCAGGAUCUGGUGAACCGCAGCAAGAUGGCCCGCUGCAGAGGGAGGUUUGUCUGCCCUGUCAUCCUCUACAACGGCAAACAUAUCUGUCGCUCUUCCACUCUGGCAGGCUGGGGGGAGCUAUAUGGGCGCACAGGCUACAACUACAUCUUCUCAGGGGGGAUUGAUGACACAUGGGGGGCAGAGUCUGAGCCAGAGGUUCCAGAGGACGACAGUGCCGGCAAUGGGGACUCUCAGCUCUUUGACAAGGUGCGGGGUCUGGACAUCAAGCUGCUGCGCUACCUCUCUGUGCGCUACAUCUGUGACCUCAUGGUGGAGAACAAGAAGGUCAAGUUUGGCCUAAAUGUCACCUCGUCUGAGAAGGUGGAUAAGGCUCAACGAUAUGCAGACUUCACCCUGCUCUCUGUGCCUUACCCAGGGUGUGAGUUCUUUAAGGACUACAAAGAUCGAGACUACACCGCUGAGGGACUAGUAUUCAACUGGAAUCAGGAUUUUGUGGAUGCUCCUUUGACAAUCCCUGUGUGCUUUACCAAGAACUUGAAUAUAGACUGGAGUAAAUAUCAGUCUUGGGACCUGGUCCAGCAGACCCAGAACUACCUGAAGCUAUUGCUUCACAUCAUCAACAGCGACGACGAGAGCGGUCUCCUCGUGCACUGCAUAUCCGGUUGGGACCGGACACCUCUCUUCGUGUCCCUCCUGCGUCUCUCGCUUUGGGCAGAUGGUGCCGUCCACGCCAGUCUGGAGCCGGCUGAAAUCCUCUAUCUGACCAUCGCCUACGACUGGUUCCUCUUUGGUCAUAUGCUACCUGAUCGCCUCAGCAAAGGAGAGGAGAUUUUCUUUUUUUGCUUCAAUUUUUUGAAGCACAUUGUCUCAGAAAAGUUCUCUGCCAUGAAGAAACCGAGUUUCCACAGAAGGAAAAACUCUAAUUUCAAAGACACUGAUUUCACAGUGGACGACCUCUGCCAGUUGAAGUCCAGGGACCGGGGCAGCGUGACCAGCCUGAGCAGUGACUUCUCUCUGAUCACGGAGGACGUGGGCGGAGCCACUUGCCUCACCAACGACGCUGUGGACCUGUUUUCCGGCCAGCCCCUGGCAGCCUCCAGCUGGAGGAAGGGACAAAACUCGUCCCCACAGACGGUGCUGUGGAACCGGCCCAACCCCCUGCAGGAGCGGCUGGCCCACCCCCUCAGUCAAGAAACCAAGUCCUCCAGCUCUUCCUCCUCCAACCAAUCAGAGACGGGUUUCACGCGCGCAGGCAGCAGUCCUAUGUCUGUGCCCGGGAGAAGGCUGGCGGCAGAGUACGCCCGCUCAGGCUCCUCCCUCUCCAUGGACUACGGCAGCUGGCAGAUCGUGUCGGGCUGCGGCUCCAUCCACGACCGCGGACAGUUCCUGCCAAACCCCACCACCAACGACUUUCCCCUCCCCUUUAUCUUCCAAGACGAGGGGCCCAGCGGACGCAUUUGCCCGUCCCCCUCGGAGCGUCAGGCUCGUCUGGAUACUGUGAGGGAGGUGUUCCUGGCUGCCUACAGCUCCACCGUGGGCCUCAAGUCCAGCGCUCCCAGCCCCUCCGGUGCCAUCUCAGGCCUCCUGGAGCAGUUUGCCCGUGGCGUGGGCCUCCGGGGCACCAACAGCAUCGUCUGAUCUAGGGUCAGGUCUCCCCACCCAAAAUGUGAACUCCGGGCCCGUAAUCAUUGUAUUCAUAAAGUGUCUCAGAGUAGGAAUGCUGAUAUAGGAUCAGUUUUUCCUGUUAGAUCAUAUGGACAGGAAGGCCUGAUUCUAGAUCAGCACUCCUACCGUGAGGCUCUGUGAAUAUGGGCCCUGACCCCCCCACCCCACCCCUCUCCCACUAAAUCCCGUCCUAUUGAAUUGCGGUCCACAAUCCGCAUUCAUCUCCAUCAAGGGAAGAUGAAUCUCGUAUGGACUCUAAUAAAAAUAAAAAGUGCCAAACUUCUCUACUCUAUUCAGGGGUUGAAGUGUCCUUUUAUAUUUGUUGGUUUAAAAGUGUUUUUAAUUAUUUUUAUAUAUAUAUAUAUAUACACACACAUCUCAAACAUUACAUACCCUGGGUUUAUUUUGUUCUUUAAUUUCUCUUUUAAAAAUAUAUAUUUUUUUAUUCAUGCAUUUCCAACUUUCUCUCUGGAGUUAUUCCUUUUUUGUUUGCCACAUUUUUUUGGCGAUUCAGGGAGUGUCUCGGGGGGCGUGGCCAUGUCAGCCACACUAUCAAUAAGAGACAGAUGACCGUUGUACUUUAACGUAUGGAACAUUUUUCUUAGGGAUUCGGUGCCAUGAGUGUGGUCAGAGUAAAAUUGACUUGUUACAUGCAGAGCAUUCAAAGCAUAUUAUGUGGAGUUAUUUCUUUUCUGUUUUUAAAGUAAUUAUUUUGGAUUUAACGUGCCGAUCCGUCCUAAAUCGAAGACGCCACACUUCUCUGUAGUGAACGAACACUCAAAAAAAUCUGCUAUUCAGUGCCGAACCAGAAGCUGCUAUUCAGUGCCGAACCAGAAGCUGCUAUUCAGUGCCGAACCAGAAGCUGCUAUUCAGUGCCGAACCAGAAGCUGCUAUUCAGUGCCGAACCAGAAGCUGCUAUUCAGUGCCGAACCAGAAGCUGCUAUUCAGUGCCGAACCAGAAGCUGCUAUUCAGUGCCGAACCAGAAGCUGCUAUUCAGUGCCGAACCAGAAGCUGCUAUUCAUUGCCGAACCAGAAGCUGCUAUUCAGGGCUGAAUCAGAAGGAAGCGUUACCAUAUAAUUGUAGUGCGUACUGUGGUUGUCAACAAACAGCACUAGCUAAGUGUGUCAGGGUAAUAGAAACAUGCUGUUUCUAUUUGGCAUAGAAAAAUCUUAUCAAGCUGGAUGUAGCUUAAUUCUGUAGAAUUUAAUAUGUUGAAUCCUAUCAACCUAUUUUUGAAUUGGUUACUCGUUUUUAAUAAUUAGACUUUUAAGGUCUGUUAAGUCACUUUUAUGUGCAGAAAUUUACACAAAAAUGUUGUUGUUGCCAUACAAAACAUUUUCACACAGUAUAUCUAUGUGCACAUACACACCAUCAUCAGACUGGUCCCAGACCUGUUUGUGCUGUCAUGUUGACUCCUACGGUUGUGGUGUGAACAGAUCCAGGUGACACCAUUACCUGGGCUUCAGACCACAUACCAGAAGCCAGGCGUAUUAGUUGGCUGCGUUGAAAGUUCUUUAAAAGUCCUUCACAAGGUUUAGAUUUGAGCCCACUUCUGACAGCUAUUCGUAUGCUCAGUCACUUCAUCUCUCAACUUUUUUUCUCUCAGUUGUGCGACAUGAUGGCUCCGAGCCACCCUGCUAUCAGCCUUUGUUAUCAUUUUAUGUACUUUGUGGCUGCGUUCCAGACCGACUACAUUGCAGUCGGCUCGCAACACCUGGAUAGGUGUUAAACAUAUAAUCUUACUGCAUCAGAUCUAGCAAUCUGAAACCUGACUGUGCAGUCAAAGACAUGGCACAGGACCAUUGGUCAGUGCGAGCGGCAUGACUGCAAUGUAUUCAGCCUGGAACAUGACCUCUCUUUGUGACUUAUACGCCCCUGGAGGUAGUGUGGGAGACAUCUUUAAAAGUUUUGAAUCUAGAUCUGUCUCGUUACACUACACAAGUAUCUCGUCUGGACCUAGUUUGUCCUCAAAGUAGUAUAAAGAGGCCCUAACAUUGUUAAUAAUAAAGUCAGCUAGUUUGCUUAACAUUGACAGUAUUGUCAGACUAGCUACAUUAUCCAUAUUAAGAAGAUUGUAAUUGUCAAAAAAAGGAUUUGUUGCCAUGUUUUGGUUGAAAAGGUAAAAGCUUAGUCCGUGGUGAAACGUCUCAACUCCGUUUCCCACUUGUAAUUGCGACUUGGAGGGUCUUUCAAUUGAAAUGUCCAACUCGGAACUAGAAGAUUCCGAUAACUUCUAGCACUUGAACACUGGCCGAGUAAAAGCUCUCUUAUUGCUGCAUGAGCCAUUGGACUGGAUCAGUUCGCUGCCACUGAACAGGGAUCUCUCCCUAUCCAUCCUAUCCUCUCCAUGUUCUCAGUUCCUCUUUGAGAUCCGAAACAAGCCUUUCAGAUCAGGAAGAUGAGACUUUGGCCACGAUUUAAGGAUAUUGGUGCGAGAUGUUACCUUUUCUAAAGUACUCUCACUUGUCAACCAGUGUGCGGACUGAUGCAAUAUUGUACAUCUGGCUAUAACUCAAUUGUCCAUUCUCUGUCUCAUUCAAUCUUCCAACAGUAUUUUUUAUUUAACCUUUAUUUAACUAGGAAAGUCAGUUAAAAGAACAAAUUCGUAUUUACAAUGACGGCCCACACCGUCCAAACCCGGACUUCAUUGGAAGCUUACCUGGUUGCUUUCACCAUCUAAUCCUUUAAAAUAAAAAAUGAACCACUGUGCCAUUGGUCCUUCUCCCACCUGAAUUUGAGAGAUGUUUACUUUUAUUUUUAUGAUUUAAAUGAUUUUACUACCAUCAUAUCCUGUAGUAAUCAACUCUGAUAUUCAAUAUUUCUCUGGUAUGAUAAAUUAUAUGUCCAUGGUAGGAUACAUUGGUGACAUUUGGUUCUAUUCCUAUAGGUCCCUGUUGGUGGCUAUAGGCAGCCCUAGAGCCCCUAGAUUGUUUACAGUUGAUCCAUACCACUCACUUCACACUGGGCACUUACCUUUUAGAAUUACACAAGCACCUCAAGCAAUUGUUCAACUCAUCCAUGUUUUUGCAUGUAAUUUCCCCAACUAAUUAAAACUAGUUGAAUAUAGUACUUCUAGUAUGAUUUUUUUUUUUUUUGUACCCCUCUUGAUUUGACUGAAAUGCUUCGUUGCACACUCAUUUUACUUCUAUUGUCUGUGUCAACAGAUUGACAUGUUUUUCUUUUAUCAUGUUUGUUCCUUUUUAAAUUGCUCUUUAAUUGUCACCAGUGAGGCGACAUUGAGAAAGGUGAAUUGAUCUGCAGGUGGUAAUUAUGAAUAAAGAAGAAACAAAG